AUUACACUCAACCGCAAAAGUAAACACGUUUCUUUUCAAAGAUAAUUAAUUCGGGUUUAAUUCAGAGUGAGACACAUAAUGGUGAAAAUAAAGGUCGGGAUCAUUGGAGGGUCUGGUCUCAGUAACCCUGAUAUACUUAAAGACAAAACGGAUGAAGUUGCAGCUACACCAUAUGGAAUGCCCUCGGAUGCUCUCGUUGUUGGUAAAAUCGGAGAUGUUGACUGUGUCUUAUUAUCAAGACAUGCUCGUGGUCACACCAUUAUGCCUGGCAGGGUCAACUACCGAGCCAACAUCUGGGCUCUAAAGGAGGAAGGUUGUACUCACAUCCUGGUUACUACAGCUUGUGGAUCACUACAGGAAGGCAUUCAUCCAGGAGAUAUUGUAGUUCUUGAUCAGUUUAUUGACAGAACACAUCAUCGGGACCAGACUUUCUAUGAUGGUACAACUGGGGGACCUGCAGGUAUCUGUCAUAUACCUUUAGCCGAACCUUUCUGUCCUAUCACUAGUGAUUUUAUAUACAAAACAGCCCAGGAAUGUGGAUAUAAUGUGCAUAAAGGUGGUACCAUGCUCACAAUAGAAGGUCCAAGGUUCUCGUCUAAGGCUGAGAGUAAAAUGUGGAAUUUCUGGGGAGCACAUUGUAUCAAUAUGACAACAGUACCUGAGGUUGUGUUAGCACGAGAAUCUGGACUGUGUUAUGCAGCAAUGGGUUUGGUUACAGACUAUGAUAGCUGGAGAGAAGACACUGCAUCAGUGAAUGUAGAAAAUGUGAUGAAAACUUUUGCGGAAAAUUCAAAGAGAGCUACAGAUGUAUUACUAAAAGUCAUUCCUAAAUUAAAGGAUUAUGACUGGACGGCUAGAUUGAAAGAAAAUGCUGAUCUUGUGAAAGGCUCAGUGUUACUUCCUCAUAGUUAUUAAAGCAAUAGUUCAUUAUGUUAUCACAAUAUCUUAUCAGUGGAUUUCACAUAUUUACACAUGCAUUAUCCAAGGUUCUGUCUAAAGAUUAUUAGAUAGUUGUAUGUAUAUGGACAUUUCCACAAUAUUAGAGCAACACUGUGUAUCCCAGAAUCCCCAAAUGCCAGUGACGGAAUAAGAUAGACGUCUAGGCUAUAAGGGCGAUAUAUUUUCCUGUGCUGCAUGGCUAGAUUGUUAAUCAAGAUAUGCAAAGAAACCAUUAUGUACCCAAGGCUACCUCUGUAAUGCUACUUUCUGUAUUUCUACAACAUCUAAACAUUUGCAGGGCACAUUAUAUCCAUUUUAUACUCAAAUAUGAGAUUUGCAAACUUAAACUAGAGCUUACAAACUAUAUACAUGUAAACUUAAUAUAUCGGUGUGUUAACAGUAGUCAAUUCUAGUUAAAUGUGAUACUACAUUAGUCCAAAAUCAUUUUUGAUUGGCUCAAUAUUAAGAAUAUUCAAUUCACGAAACCUGCCUUGCUUUGUUUUUAUUGGGGAUUAAUUGAAUUUAUUUCAAAAAUGUUUCUUUUUACCAAACCUUUUCAUGUAUAUUUCUAAAGUAUGUGGAAUAUUGAAUUAAUAUAACACAG